CCGGGCCGCUGCGCGCGGCGCUUCCCGCCGUGGAGGCGCGCCGUGAGGGCAGUGGUGCGCGCCUGGGGGAGAGCUGCGGGCCGGUACUGUGCUGCGUGCGCCUGAGGGGAGUCGCUGCCGCCCGCUCGUUCCGUUUCUUGAGCCCAAGGCUUUGUAAAUCAAAUCGUGCUCGCCUUCAUGAAAAAAGUGAGGCGCGUGGAGCGUGACGAUGGGAAGUGGUCAAGAACUUGUGAGCAGCCGAUCAGAAUGCGCUGCUAGUUAAACAGUCUUGUUUGGAUAACCACGUACAGACAGCUCAAGUACCAUUUAACAGCUGGAAAUUCAGAGUUGUGGCAGCGCAAUUACCAGUCACAUCCUUCAGAACACCAACAAAUAUUCUGAAGAAUAGCUGCAGUCCUUGAACCAGAUUUUCAAAGUGCGCAAAUACACCUGCAUGGAAAUCCGAAGAAUGUGAGGCACCAAGAGCACAGCUAACAAACCACAACGCCAAUGCAAAGGUCUGAUGAAGAUCAUUAAUUCACUGCUAAAUCUAUGGUUUCUAUAAAGAACAAAGCAGCAGGCUUCUCCACACGCAAAGACAAAAAUCUCUCCAGCAGUACAGGUAUAAACAUGACAUUAAUCCCUAAUGAAUCAUGGAGUGAUUUCAUCUUUAGUAGUAUUAUAAAUGUUGGGAUUUAAACUUUCAUUUUUUUGUGUGUAUAUGAACUUUUCCCUUCAGAAAUCAUCUUGUUCAGAAGAGUAUUUGUGGAGGGAGGGAGGAAUGAAGCAAUCCGUCCCCAGCCACGCUCCUCUUGACACAGCCUCUUACACAGCUCUGGAUGUGUGCACUGAGUGCCACCCCUGCAUCGGGACACGCUCGCUUGUUUUUCUGAAUCUGUACCACUACGUUGCCCAGCAUGUGACAAAGAAAGCCGUUUAACACUGACGAAGCCUGUGGUGACAUGAGUGCCACGGGUAUCUGGCAUCUAGCUCGCAGGAUUUGGGGGUCCCCUGGUGUGCAGCGGUUCUGAGAAGAUCAACGCUCCUGCUGUAACCGGGCUCCGAGUGGGAUCCAGCUGCGCCCUGAGGUAACCUCGCAGGUAGCGACGGAUGCGCACCAGCGGGUGCUGAGCCGCACGGAGCGCCCUGCAGCGCUGGCAGAAUGCCGUUACCGCCGCCGCCACCGCUGUGUAACCGCACCGCUCCCGCACGCGGCUCUGCUGCUCGAGAAAAGGUUUUUCUUGCUGAUGUUAACGAGGGGAAUGCCCCGGAAUUCUGGUACGCAUUUUCUCAAAUACAUGACAAGGCAUAUGGAAGAAUACAAACUUUCUGCCUGCUGAACCCAUUUGGAGAGGAUGCAUCACUUGGUGUGGAAGCAAGAGUAGUUGGUUAUGGCCAGGGAAAAAGGUGUGUGGUACCUGUUACAUCUCAAGAAGAGGGAAAACACUGUUCACUGAUUCUGCCAUAUAAAAAUGAUUGUCAUAGAUCUACAAAAGCUAUCCAAGAUGGAAUAUAUUUUACUGAGCUAAGCAAAGAAUCUGAUGAUCUGGAAGAACAACUGGCAGCGACUGCACAGGAGGAAACUUGGAAAAAGGUGUGGGGGCCAUGUCCUGAUAAACCUGGGAUCAAGAUUACAGAACUGUCCCCUCUGCAUAAAGAAAGCUCACCAAAAAAUCACCUACCACAAAACUUGAAUGGAAGUGUAGAGAGAAGAAACACUUCAGACAAAGAGAAAAGGGAGAAGGAAAAUGCCUCUCACGAAAAUGGUGCUUCACAGGAGAUUUUUGAAGCAGUAAUGGCAAUUAAUUCAGCAAAGAACUUGUUGCCAACUUUUAAAGACAUACUUGGUAGAAUGACAAACGUUUGUAAACUUUCUACAUCAGAAAUGAUAGUUAUUGAUACACAAGAGGAUUUGCUGGUAAAAGAGUUAACAGCACUCAAAACUACCAAAAGAUUGUUAUGGCUCUUACUUCAAAGAAGAGAACAGAAACACAUAGACAGUGAAAACAUUGAUGCUUUGAUACAGAAGUUAAGUGAAAAUGAAACCCACAAUACUAGUCUCAGGAGAAAGAUAGUAGAAAGAGAAGAACACAUUAAAGAACUUUCAUCUAGGAUUCAGCUUAAAAAAAUCCAUAUAGUGAAAGAAGAUUAUCUGUCAGGACCGGUAAACACAAUUGAAGCUCAUCUGCAGUAUCAGAUUCAAAGAAAAGAAGUGGAAAACGAUGAAUUAAAGCUGAAAACACAGACUCUAGAGAAGAAAAUAGCAGAGUGGAAACUUCAAAUUGAUGACUACAAGCAUCAGAUGUUGGCCUUGAGGGAAACAAGUGAGCAAAAGAAGGCUGAUCUGAGAAGAGCAAUCAGGUCCCAGAAACGAAAAACUGAAUGCUUUGAAGAAGCUGUGGAAAAUUUAACCUCCAGAGUAAAAGAACGUGAAGUGAAAUUGUCUGAGAUACUGUCAGCUUCUGAUCUCUGGAAAAAACAGCAUGAUAGAAUGGUAGAAGAAAAGACAAUGUUAGCAGUUCAGACAGAAGACCUAAAGAAUUGUGUACAAGAACUACAAGCAGAAGUAGAAGUAUUGAAAUCCAGGUAUAAAACAGUCUUCAGUGAAAACAAAAGUAUAAGAGAAAGCAAAUGCUUAGAAGACUAUGAGGUGAGGGACAGAUCAGAGCCUAAGUUGAAGGUGUUAGAACACGUUUGUGGUUUACUGAAAGCAGCUGAAGGAAAACUGCAAGGAUUUCAAGAAAAUCUUGUGUACUGGGAAAGGAUCAACGCACAGAAAUGUGAAACUCCCAGGGAGCCACAGGUUCAGGAGGAAGAUGGUGUGAAUUCUGUGGGUAAUCAUUCCUUAGAAGAAGAAAACAGUAACAUUCAGAAGAAAUAUGAACAUCUUAAGAGGAUGCUAGAAAAGAUGGAAUUUCAGAAUGAAGAACUUGCAUAUCUGAUCAGAAAAGAAGAUGAAAGUCUUCAGUGCAGUAAAUUGCAGCUUGAGGAGAAAAUUGCGGAGUACAAUAGUUUAACCAAACAACUGGAAUCUGCUUUGGAGGAAGGAAGAAGAACGGUAACUGAAGAAUUUGAAAAAAUGUCAUACUUAGAACAAGCCCUUCAGACAAAAAUGCUCGUUCUUGAAAAUGAAGUGAGAGAGAGGCAGGAGGAGAAAAAAGAACUUCUCUGUGCGUUUAAGCGUGAUGAAAAGCACCAUGAGUUAUGCUUGAAAGAGCUGGAAGAGAGCCUACAAAGGUCAGAAAACAAGAACCAGAGCAUCCAGAAUUAUGUGCAGUUUUUGAAAACCUCGUACAUAACAAUGUUUGGCUGAAUUCUGUAACUUCAUUUAUUUUAAUAAUAAAGAAACAGUACAAGA